AUGGACGGCUCUGCGAACACCAACGAGUCCCCCGAUGUGCCGCAGCCUCCCCCUGCACCGGCCGAUGCAAGUGAUAUGGAAGAGGGGAAACAACCUGCCAAGGGGAAUACUGUAUCAGAGGCGGCUGUUGGGUCUAGACUGACUGACAGUAUGGCGCAAACCCUACUGGAAAUGAACCCGGCAUUGCGUGGUGAAUUGGCGGGUUUGGAUAAAGCGCAGGCCGCCGAAAUCAUGAGAACCAUGGAUGCGACGGAACUUCUUACUGGACUUUCCUUGACACAGAAGAAUCAAAAGGAUAUGGCAUCCUAUAAGUUCUGGCAGACUCAGCCGGUUAUCAGAUUUGAUGAUAAGGGUGCCGUAGCUGAUGGCGCCAUUAAGAAAAUCGACGUGGAACAAGUUCCAAAAUCUCCGGAUCCCUUACUUGACGGGUUUGAGUGGGUGACACUUGAUUUGGACAACGAGGGCGAGCUGAAAGAAUUCUAUGAACUGCUAUCAGACCAUUAUGUCGAGGAUGGCAGUGCGAUGUUCCGUUUCAACUACUCUCGGGACUUCUUAAACUGGGCACUUAAAGCCCCCGGAUGGAAGAAAGAGUGGCACGUCGGCGUUAGGGCUUCUAAAUCCCGCAAACUGGUAGCCACAAUCUGUGGUGUCCCUGCCAAUAUUGUUGUGCGCGGCCAAACGCUCAAGGUCACGGAAAUAAAUUUCCUUUGCAUUCACAAGAAGUUGCGAUCAAAGAGACUUACCCCGGUUCUUAUAAAAGAAAUUACUCGUCGGUGCUAUGUUGAUGGUGUAUUCCAGGCAAUUUACACUGCUGGAAUUAUUCUGCCAACACCCGUCAGCUCGUGUCGGUAUUAUCACCGAGCCCUAGACUGGCUAAAGCUGUUUGAAGUUGGGUUCUCCGCGCUUCCUGCAGGAUCAACGAAAGCGAGGCAGGUUACAAGAAACCAUCUUCCAACCAAGACUGGAACGCCCGGCCUGCGACCCAUGCAAAGUAAGGAUAUAGACUCAGUCCAUGACCUUCUCAACCGCUAUAUGAAGCGAUUCGACCUGGCGCAGUCGUUCAGUCGGGCAGAAAUCGAUCAUUUAUUCCUCCACAAGGAUAACUCUGGAACAGAGCAGAUCGUUUAUGCAUAUGUUGUCGAAGAGGAUGAAACGCAUAAGAUCACAGAUUUUGUCUCCUUCUAUUCACUAGAGUCAACGGUAAUUCAUAGUGAGAAACAUAAUACAAUUCGGGCAGCAUAUAUGUACUACUAUGCCACAGAAGCGGCUUUUGCCGACCGGGAAAAAGGCCUGCGAGAAAGACUAGGGUUGAUUGUAAAUGACGCUCUGGUUCUUGCAAAGAAGGAGCAUUUUGACGUAUUUAACGCUUUGACUCUACAUGACAACCCACUCUUCCUUGAGCAACUCAAAUUUGGUCCAGGAGACGGACAACUCCACUACUACCUGUUCAACUAUCGAACAGCCACCAUUGCUGGGGGCGUGAAUGAGAGAAAUUUCCCUGAUGAGAAAAAGCGAGGUGGUGUGGGCGUGGUUCUAGUUUGA